AUUGGGCUAAAAAUUCAAGUGACACCACAUCUCACAGUGACUGGUCUGAUGGAAUUGCUAUGGCUGUUGAAUAUGGGGUGGCAAGUCUUUCAGAAAAAGAAAACCCCCUUGGUGAUGGCAGCUUGUCCUCUGAUACAGAUGACAUAAUGUGUGCAGCAGGCAUGGUGGUGAUCUGUGAUGAUGAACCUAGCCAGUUUGCUGACACCUCUGGGAAUUCGGACUCACCACUGAAUGUUGAUCCUGAGGUUCCCCGAGCUGAUUACUGGACUUGUGUACAGUGCAAGAAUAUGAAGAAUAAUCCCCUUUUCCGAUAUUGUGAAAAAUGUUACGAGAGGCAGAUAUGUGUGCAGUGCAAUCGUUCUAAGAAGUUCCCUUGCUUUCUCAACUGUGAGAUUUGUUUUAAGGUUCGAAAAAAUUUCUUCCCUCCACGGCCGCGUGGGAGAAAGAGAAAAAGGAGAUCUUCAAAUUCUGCCAAGAAACGACGCCUGACUACUUUAUCAGACAUCUGUGAAGAGAAUGUGGUUUUGAAAAGUGGUGGUGAUACUGCAGGGCCUUCAAAUAUCCGUACGGAUAGUGGUUUAGGAUCAAGUCAGGAGUUUUCAUGCAGGACGGAACCUAAAUGUGUAACUGAUUCACAAAAAGUACCUGGGGUCCCUAGCAGUAGCAACUCUGACAUAUGUAUGAUGUGCUUGGUGAAUCCAAAGAAUGGUAUAUUUGUCCAUGGCAAAAUAGGUCAUAUAUGUUGCUGUUAUAAGUGUGCAUUAAAAGUUUGGACAGGAGUUAGAAGGUGCCCUUGUUGCAAUUGUAAGGUUAACAAUGUGCUUAAGGCUAUAGUGUUAUGAAAUUGAACUGAAUUGCAACUUGCAGUUCACAACCAUUUUUAUUGGACACUGAUUUUGAAUUUGAUUAUUUGGCAGGUUUAAUUUUAUUAUGGGAAUGAAGUGAUUUUAUUUCCAGCUAAUAUAAUCCAGAUAUGUUACUAGUAAAGAGACCA